CCCUCUGACGCCGGAAGUGACAUCACGAUACGUCGGAACAGCCUAGCAACUUCUGCGGUCUCCCCAAAGCAACCGAAGCGUUAGCAAGUGGUCGGUCCUCAUAUACCUGGACAUAUUUUCUGAUAGCGGACUGCGGAGGGUCUCAGGAGAGCCCUGAAGUGAAACGGUUGGUGGGUCGGUAACAUCCGGGACGGGAGCAGCCCGACGUUAAACAGAAGAAGAAGAAGCAGCAACAGGAGGUUGAGCUGGGCGGACAUGGCGGACGGUUGCAGGUCCCCAGCUAUCAAAUAAACGUCAGGCAAAGCGAAACCGAAGACGAGAGGCGGCUGCAGGAGGACCUCAACCCGUUUUAAUGUUACAUGGAUAGUCGGGGCUCCCCAGGACUGUAGCCGCCCCUACUGAAGCCGUAUGGCGUCCACUCAAGCCCGGUUAGGCCAGCAGGCCUUGGCGGUGCUGGAUGUGGCUCUGCGAGUUCCCUGUAUCUUUAUUAUCGACGCCAUUUUUAACUCUUACUAUGACCCUGGUUCGGGAUGGGCCGGGGCGAUGGGGAAGGUGUUGGUUAGAGUCAUGGGUGUCCUCAUCUCCAGUGUGGUGCUGCUGCUCUCCCAGAAAGCCUUGUUCAAGUUCUACACUCUCUUCUUUGCUGUUCUCCUUGGCAUGGCGGCGGUCCUCAUCAACUACUACGCCACUUCCCACAUAGACUUUUACAGCGCCUACUACAAAGCGGCGUUGGGGUUUAGGUUGCUGCCCAGAAACGGGCCAACGCUGUGGCUGGGCAUGGCUGCGGUCCAGCUUGUUUUUGGCGUGGGCUAUGUGUUCCUGCUCAACCUCCAGUCGGUGUUUGCUGCGCUGGUGGUGCUGGACAUCAUGAUCCCUCUGUGGGGGCUGAUGAUUGAGCUGCCUGCUGACGUCAGGCAGCUGGUGGCCGUGUUCUCGGGCCUGGCGCUGGCUCUCAACACGGCCGUGUGCCUGGCCAUGAGGCUCAAAUGGUUCUACUAUUCGUGUCGGUACGUCUACCUGCUCAUACGGCACAUGUACAGGAUCUACGGACUUCAGCUGCUGCUAGAGGACACGUGGAAGAGGAUCAGGUUCCCUGAUGUGUUGCGGGUGUUCUGGCUGACCCGGGUCACUGCCCAGGCGCUGAUCCUGGUCUAUGUGGUGCGGGCGGUCAGGAGGGAGAGUGGUGAUGCCACAGGCGGUGCCACCGAUGGGAGCUCCGACUCACAGGGUUACCUGCUGAGCUGGGACGUGUUUUGGGAUCUGACGAGUAACCUGAUCAUCUCCGGCUGUGACUCCACUCUCACCGUGCUGGGGAUGAGCGCCGUCAUCUCCUCCGUCGCUCACUACCUCGGCCUCAGCAUCCUGGCCUUCAUAGGUUCAACAGAGGAGGAGGACAAGCGAUUAGGCUUCGUGGCUCCUGUUCUGUUCUUCAUCCUGGCUCUGCAGACUGGCCUCAGCAGCCUGGACCCAGAGGAACGCCUGGUUCGUCUGAGCCGGAACAUGUGCCUUCUGCUGACGGCCAUCCUGCACUUCAUCCACGGGAUGACCGACCCCGUCCUGAUGUCCCUCAGCGCUUCCCACGUCUCCUCUUUUCGCCGCCAUUUCCCAGUCCUGCUGGUGUCCCUGGCGCUCUUUGUGCUCCCCGUGGCACUCAGCUACGCCCUCUGGCACCACUAUGCCCUCAACACCUGGCUCUUCGCCGUCACCGCCUUCUGUGUGGAGCUCUGCCUCAAGGUGGUGGUGUCACUGACGGUCUAUGGCCUCUUCAUGGCUGACGGCUUCUCCAACGUCCUGUGGGAGAAGCUGGACGACUAUGUCUACUAUGUACGCUCCACAGGCAACAUCAUCGAGUUCCUGUUCGGUGUCAUAAUGUUCGGAAACGGGGCCUACACCAUGAUGUUUGAGUCGGGCAGCAAGAUUCGUGCCUGCAUGAUGUGUCUGCACGCCUACUUCAACAUCUACCUGCAGGCAAAGAACGGCUGGAAGACCUUCAUCAACCGCCGCACAGCCGUAAAGAAAAUCAACUCCCUGCCGGAGAUGCGCGGGGACCAGCUGAGGGACAUUGAGGACGUGUGUGCCAUCUGUUACCAGGAGUUUGCCACCUCAGCCCGCAUCACGCCCUGCCACCACUAUUUCCACGCGCUGUGCCUGAGGAAGUGGCUCUACAUCCAGGACACGUGCCCCAUGUGCCACCAGAGAGUUUACGUUGAGGAGGAGAGCCGAGACAGAGCCGCCUUCUCUAACAACAACGGGGGCUACGCAGCGCCGCAGGACGCCGCUGCCGCAGCCCCGCUGGCACCGGGGGAAAACCAGCAUGGACAGCCACCUGCUGAGCUGCCGGUCGAUGGUGUGGCAGCCGGCGCACAGGCCGCAGGAGGACCGGGGGAGCUCAACAACGAGCUGCUGGAGGACAACGACAGCAUAGAGUAUGACGAAGAUGAGUGGGGGACUCAAAAUGGCAGCACGCCAAUAGAAGAAGACUAUAUCAAUGAUGACACUGACUCCACUGAGGACUGACAAGAGAAGAUCUAUAGAGAAAAAUACAUAUAUCUUUAUUAUAUUUAAGUUAAAAAGAAUUAUAAGACACAACUUCAGCAUCUUAAUUUGUUUUUGAAAAAUGUCAGGGAUGUCACUCUCUUUUUUUCUUGUUAGUUUCUUUAUGUUUGAUUUUGAGUUUGGGUUUUACUCUAUAAGGGCUUGUGGAAAGAGUAACUGCUGCUCUCAGUCUGUGUGUGGACUGUGUGUGUGUGUGCGUGCGUGUGUUUUGGGGCUGGAUGAUGUAGACCAAAAAGUCAUACUAUUCCUUUUUUUUUUUUUUUAGUUUAUCCCAAAAGUAUUGGAGAUCCUGAUUGAAAUCUUGCCAUGUGGAAACAGUUGUCUGUAUGCAAUUUAUUUCUCAAUGCCUCAAACCUGAUACACAUCAGUUAGUUAAGAGAGUUAAGAUCAGAUUUUCUGCAGCUUGGAGAUUCUGCACAGCACAAAUCUGCCUUGUUUUUCCCUCUGAAACAAGAGAAGGGGCUACAGUCACAUCACAACUUUGUUUAGAUUUUGUCACUUGUGCAGCCCUAAUGUGUAUCUGUGUGUGCGUGGAACUGUGCGUGUGUGCCUGCCGACGUGUAAUGUGCUUAGACGAUGUCUUAAAGAUGCAGUUUAUGUUCUUGUGCAGUGUAUACGCUGCAGUGUGUUAGUUUAUUAACGACAAAAAUGUGGAGCGACUAACCAAAUUCAAGCUUAAAUCAAUCUGCAAGUCAGGAUUGAAGAAGGGUGUAAAAUUUGAGCGUAAAACCUGCUGUCACUGCUUUCUCCAGCUGUUUUGAGGGAUUCCUAAAUAUUUGAGAAUAUUCCUCAUCAAUAAUGUUUGGCUAACAGGCUUCAGCUGGGUUACUUUUGUUGUCAUGCAUGAGUGGAGUUAUGUGUAGUUGAACUUAUUGCCUCUACUUCUUGCUCUCAGACUUUUCAUCUUACUAAACUGACCUUGGGUGCUGUCAAACCCUGACCUGCAGAUCCAUCACAGCUCAAAUUUGUGGCUCAUUGGUUCAACAUUUUUGUCCUUAACAAACUCAGAGUAUUUAUGAACGUGUCCAGAGAGAGAGGAUGAAGGCAGGAGAGUGAAGCAGUUUUCUAUCAACUCUGCACCUACCAGAGAAAAACAUGAGGUGUGUCUGAUUAAAAAGUGACUUGCUACUGUAAUCACUGAUAUACCUCUAUCAUUACUUACUACUGGUCCCUUGUGUGACCUUGCUUACAUUUGUGUACGUUAUUGUACAUAUAAUAAAACAAACACGUGCACACUUUGUCCCUUAGGAUCAGAGAAACAUUUGUUUUCAGAUUUUUUUUUUUCCAAUAAUCUUACUUUCCACAUUUCUCUUCACAGAAAUCAGUAUUUAGUUUGGUUAAAUUCUUGUUUUCAGACCCAGAAAUUGUUGUUUGUAAUAAGAGUGCUGGUAUGGAGUUGUAUUGGAAGCCACAUUUGGAGAGCUGUAUUCCCAAAAAAUGUAUUUGGUUAAAUGAUUAUUUCUUGACGCUUCUUGGUAAAUGUCACAGAAAUACUGUAUGAAAACGUGCCAGUUGUUUUGUCUACCACGGACUUUAUGUACUUGCAUUUCUUUCAAAAGGAAAAAAAAGUACCAUAAAUUGCUUUACAUGUCAGUUGUUAGUCAUUUUGUAAGAACAGUUGUCAUUCAGUAAAUGCACUUUUUUUUGUUUCUAAUCACUGGCACAGACUGGAGCUUUCUCGUUCUGUCCAACCAGGGCAACAAACCACGACGACUGCACCUUUCUGAAGGCUCAAACUGUGCUUCUAGUCUCAGGGUCCUGCUGCAGGGCUGGAAGAGUACUUUCAAUACAUUGAAAAUUUUCCAGGCCUUGAAAUAAAAAACGGAAGGAGCUGCAGAAAAGACAGUUUUCAAUGUAAUAAACCUCUGACUAUAUCUGAGGUUGCAAAGACACUGUCAUUUCAUACAGUCUGUGGUAUUUGUUGUAAUGUUGAGCCACGAGAUGCAGUCGCUCAGUUCUGUUUUCCAGCAGCAGAUGUCCUACUGAACACUGAUCCAAAAUCUUUAACUACUGGCACGAAAUGAAGCCUCAGAAAAUUUUUAGGAGUCAUGUCUUCGUCUUUCUCGACGGUACAGCUCGGCCAAUACGUGUCCCUCAGCGACUACAGAGAUCUUCAUUGUGAAUUUGUAUGAAAAAGCUUUCAAGCACAACUCCUUGAGUAUUACACUGUUUAGACUUCCACAGCCUGAACGUCUUAAGGGUUUGACUACAAACUCGUGUUCAUUACUGUUGUAAUUACUGGUCGCAGAAAAUAAGCUGCAAGGAAUACAUUAUGUUUAAUGAGAAAGAGAUGGGGUCGAAUUUGAUUAGAAAGCUGUGCUUUUUGACAUGUGUCAGCAAUGAAGGACUUUGAUUAAUAGGUUGAUUGUUCUGGAAGCUUUUUAAAAGGUAAAAGCUGUUCAUUUUGCCUUUUGUUUUAAAAAGAGAUUUAUGUAAAUAAAAUCAUCUUUGAUAUUGA